GUUUAAACACUAAUAAAAAGAGAGGGAGAAAAAAAACACUAAUGAAGUUUAAACACUAGUAAUAAAAAGAGAGGGAGAAAAACAAAUAUUUCUUCUCAAUUCCAAAAUUCCAUUACCAAAUGUUGGACCGGAAGGCCGAUUCUCCUACGAAAAUGGUCAGAGGAAACUCCAAUUUCGUAAGCAAUUAUGUCAAAGACCCACAGUCAAUGAGUCAAAGCAUCUUUUUGAAUUUUCCAUGGGUCACAUUAUUUAAUUGUUAGGACUGGUAGAACAGUGCAAAAUGUUGGUUGGAGUUUACAAACUAUCAUUGGUAAACUAUCAUUGCCUGAUAGUAAUAGAUUUGCUCACUCUUUAGACUUGUUCUCACAAGAAAUUUUCAGCGGGGAAGAAUCUUUGGUUUGGUAUAUCGAAUGGGUUCAUCAUCAACUUCCACUUCCAGUAAUGAAUGUUCAAGUUUCAUUCAUUGCCAAUUAGUGGCCAUACCAUCUCCAGGAAGAGGCCACAUCAACCAAAUGAUGAACUUCUGCAAGCUUAUAACUCAGAGAAGAUCAGAUUUCCUCAUAACCUUCGUAGUUACUGAAGAAUGGCUUGGUUUACUGAGUUCCGAACCCAACCCGGGUCACAAUAUCCGAUUUGCUACUAUCCCGAAUGUAACUCCUUCCGAGAAAAGCAGAGCUAAGGACGUCCAGGGCUUUGCUGAAGCUGUCAUGACGAAAAUGGAAGCUCCGGUUGAGGAACUUCUAGAUCAGCUCGAGCCGCCAAAGCCAAAAGUCAUCAUAUACGACACGUUUUUGAAGUGGGUUUUAGGCGUCGCUCACCGGAGGUCCAUUCCGGCGGCUUCAUUUUGGCCAAUGUCGGCAACUUAUUUGACAGUCAUGUAUCAUUUCCAAACUCUCCUCCAAAAUGGUCAACUGCCUGCCAAUCCAUUGGAACAAGGAGAGCAUCGGGUAAACUGCAUUCCUGGAAUUUCCUCAAUUCGAGUUGACGAUUUUCCCAAGGAGUUUCUGGAGGGAAAAUUUAAGAGAAUCAUUGAAGGGUCACGAGAAUUGGUUUCUGAAGCUGGCAAGGCGGAAUAUUUCCUGAUUAAUUCAGUCUACGAGCUGGAAACUCAAGUCAUAAACAAUUUUAAGAAAGAGCUCCCCUGUCCUAUCUACACCAUAGGUUUAUCCAUUCCUUCCUUCAACAAGGAUUCUAAAAACGAUCAUGAUCAUGUUUCUUGGCUGGAUGCUCAACCCAAAGCUUCUGUGUUGUAUAUCUCUCAAGGGAGUUUUCUUUCGUCCACUGAUGAACAGUUGGAUGAAUUUGUUGCUGGAGUUCGUGAUAGUGGGAUAAGAUUCUUCUGGGUAGCCAGAGAAAAUAGAGACCGAGUUAUUGAAGGGAUUGGUGGUGAAUCUUGUUGUAAUGGGUUGGUUGUGACUUGGUGUGAUCAACUGAAAGUGUUGUCUCAUCCCAGUAUAGGUGGAUUUUGGUCACAUUGUGGAUGGAAUUCUACUAAAGAAGCUGCGUUUUCGGGUUUGCCGGUGCUUACUUGCCCGAUUGCGUUUGAUCAGUAUACCAACAGGAAGCAGAUUGUGGAAGACUGGAAAAUUGGUUGGAGAUUGAAGGAAAAUAGUGAUGGAAGACUGAUGGAAAGGGGUGAAAUCUCAAGAAUGUUGAAGACAUUUAUGGACUCGGGAUGUGAAGAAGUGAAAGAAAUGAGAAGAAAAGCGCAGGAAAUCAGUGAGAUUUGUCGAAGGGCGAGUUCUGAAAAUGGAUAUUCGGAGCGUCAAAUUGAGGCUUGCAUCAAGGAUAUCUCCCAGCUGCAGAGCUGAUGGGACAAGAUUAUCUCCCAGCUACAGUAGCACAACAAACUCCGUACAAUGCCGUGAAUAACAGUACUUUUGGGAAGCUAGAAGUAACCGAGGAGACACUCCUCAAGAUUUUCAGAUUUGUCAGAAGAUUAAUUUGUCUUUGAGGAUGAAUUUUGGCAAAGAUCAGGAAGAUGAAAAAUACCAAUCGGAACAAGGUUUGGGCCCAAAUAAUAAAGAUAAAUCCUACCUUUGCAAGAAACUUGCUUCUUAUGAUCUAUUAAGUAGUGAUUUUUGUGUAUAGAUUAAGGUUAAUGUUAGUUUGUCCAGACCUUUAACGAGUGACUUUUGUCAUUUCCAUAGGAACAAGGGAGAUUACAUUGUAGAUUGUACUCAAACUUCUUAUAUUCAAAACCGAAAUAAAACAGCUUCUGU